CAAUUAAAAUGGGUUAUACAAAAUGUCUUUGAAGAAACUGUACUAAUAGGCCAAAUGUGACGAUAGUUUUUGCAACAAUACUGGAGUUUACCCGCCAAAACUCUUGAUGAUGAGAUUCUUCAAGACCCACCACUACCAUGGCGGCUACAUCCGUCGAACCAUUCUCUACCCAAAACCAGUCAACGCCGUGUCACAACAUAUCCACGAUCUAGCUAAAACCCAAAACCCCAGAUCACGUUUGGUUGAUGAUCCAAGCUCUCACCCAUGGCCUGAGUGGCUAGAUUUGAUGGGGAUGCUGGUGAAGAAAGGUUACUUCGGAGAAACCGUGACGAGUCCCAAGGAAUCGAAUCAUAUUCGUACUGCUUGUCUCGAUUUCGCCCGCCAUCGAUUCACUCUCGCGAGAUACUUGUCGAAGAAAGAUAUGAAAGUGAUUGCUGGUUGUGGAUGUCCCAGCAUUGACAGGAAGGUUGUGAACUCAGGAAAACGUCUAAGGGCUUAUGUGGGCAUUGAUGAAGUUAAUGUGUGUGGCUCUUGCAACUUGAGAGGGAAAUGCGAAAGGGCUUAUGCGCAAGCACGAGAUGAGGAAGGUGCUAGGACUAUAGAUGUCAUGCGUAUACUGCUGACUUAUGGGCUUGAUUCCAUUUCUCCUGCUGUGGUGAACCGUGCUUGUCAAACCAAGUUUGUUGAAGAUUCUGUGAGGAAGUUGCUGAGAGAAAGCGUGGAGUAUAGCUUGCAGGACGUUGAGUGUUCCGAGACUGUGGCAUCUCGAGAUGAGCUCCACCCAAAUUCACUGGAGAAUGAUGAGAGAGACCCGCGGAAAAGGCCAGGGGAUUGGCACUGUACAGAAUGCAAGUUCCUUAACUUUGCGAAAAACAUAAGAUGCUUGCGGUGUGAUGUAUUUUCUGAGGAGCGGCUGAAACAGUUGAAGCAAGAACAGAAAGAUCAUCUCCCACUGAAGAAGGGAGAUUGGAUAUGCCAAACAUGCAAUUUCCUGAAUUUUGCGAAGAACACGGGUUGCUUAAGGUGCAAAGACAAGCCUUCAAUGCGUCAAAUCAAUCCGGGAGAGUGGGAAUGCGAGUCGUGCUAUUACAUCAAUUUUAGAAGAAACUCUGUUUGUUUGAAGUGUGAUCACAAGAGACAGAAGGCUCAAAACGUCACACCGGAUUCAAAGAGUGUUGGUGAUCAUCACAGCAGAGUUUCAAAGACGUGGAGUUUUGUAGAAGAAGAAGAGGAGGAGGAGGAAGAAGAAGGAGAAGAAGAAGGUGUGAUGGGAUUUCCAGUAGAAGGAGGGAGAAGUAGUGUUUCAAGGAGUGUGGAAAAGAGAGAGAAAUGGAAGUUGGAGAUGACACAGAGGAUGAGAAGUAAUGGGCAUGAAAAGAAAAAAGAUGAUGAUGAAGAGAGAGAGUCAAGAAGGUGUUAUGAUCGGAGAAAGAUCGAGCUUCUAGGUAAUUGCAGUGAUGAUGGAGAGAUGGAUGAUUGGUUUUCUCCAACUUAAAGAUAAUCUGUUUUUUUUUUUUCUUUGGCUGGUUUGGAUUUAGACAUUUUUGUAGUAAAAGCAUGUAAUGUUGGACGCAAAUUGGUUGACUAAAAUAUUUGAAAAAAAAACUAAAUAAUGUCAA